CGCUACCGUUUUCCUUUUAGCCAUUAUGUCAUCGUUUAUUUCAAAAUUCGGCUCUUGUUGGCGGUCAGCAGCGGUGGCGCCGCACGACGCAGUGACAGACGAGGUGAAGGCGGAGCAGGGCGUCACGAGCCCGAGGAGUUCGAAGUCGGAAUCAGCAGCGCAUUGGCGACCGGCGUUGGCUGCUAUUGUGGAGGAUAGUAAUGGAGCUGAGUGGCGGUGUAAGAAAUCCAGCAAAAGGAAGGCGGAGAAGAAGACGUCCGGUCACCAAGGCAGUUUUACGACUAAGUCGUAUGGUUAUUACGAUGGCAGAGAUAAUUACUGGACGAACACAAUGGCGAUGGCUAUGCCGGCGUUUUCACCGGUGCCUUCCAUGUUUUGAAGGUAAGAAAAUAUUAUCACAUAGUUGGAGCAUUGUCGUAGGAGAAUGGCAUUUCACGUACUCCCACCGUCGUACGAUUUCAAAUUCCGAAUAAAAGUCGACUCGUGUGUUAGAAACAUAUUAAUAUGAAUAUCAGUUUCAUGUGCUACAGAUAACCAAUUAUACAUAUAUAUGCAGAUAGACAGGCCCAUCUAUCCACCUUGUGAAUGUGAAAGGAAUUUAUGACUAUAUGUAUAUUAAAUAUGUGAUGAGUUUUCUCGUAUGAAUUUUGGCUAAGUUCAUGAAAAUGUUACAUCUCCGUACACUUUUUUUAGUGCAAUUGGAUCUGUAUAAUACUAAAUAUAUGCAAUUGGAAUUUAAUUUGUUAUCUUCAA